AAAGUCGAACUUCAUCGCCCACCUCUUCCUUGCCUUUGAACAGCAUCUCUCUCCUCCCAAAGGCGUCCAGGGUCUAAUGAGGCAUAGAGAAUGAAGCUUCUGCAAUGGCGCCUGAGACAGGUCCAGGGUGCCGCGACCCUAAUUCUAUUCCCCAACCCAAAUCUCUUCUUCGUUCGCUCCUUCGCCUCCAGCUUCUCCCUAAAGAACGUCACCAGAUCGAACUUUGACGCCGCACUCGCUGAUCUCCGCCGCCUCGUUCGAGCCGCCGACUUCGUCUCUGUCGACCUCGAGAUGACCGGCGUCACCAGUGCUCCUUGGCGCGAGUCCUUCGAGUUCGACCGCUACGACGUCCGCUACCUUAAGGUCAAGGACUCCGCCGAGAAGUUCGCGGUCAUCCAGUUCGGGGUCUGUCCUUUCCGCUGGGAUCACUCAAAACAAUCUUUCACUGCCCAUCCGCACAAUUUUUAUAUAUUUCCUCGACCAGAGUGUCCAGUUGAUGGGUCAUCAUAUGAGUUUCUCUGCCAGACAACCUCAAUUGAUUUCUUGGCUAAAUACCAGUUUGAUUUCAAUCUGUGCAUACAUGAGGGAAUAUCUUAUUUAUCCAGAGGACAAGAAGGCGAAGCAUUGAGGCGUAUGAGUUUGGCAUAUGGGGAUGAGAUAUCAGAAUCAUGGUGUGAUUUGAAAGGAGUUCAAGACACCCCAUUGAUUAGAAUGGCAGAUGUUUUCUUUGUAGAGAGAAUGAAGAACAGAAUUAAUGAAUGGCAUUGUGCAAUACUACGGAAUAGAAAUCACAUGUGUCAAUCUCAGGACAGCUCUAAUGAUUCCAAAAAACAAUUUCAAACCAUUUUCUACAAGAUGCGCCCUGCUUUUAUGCUGAAUGGGUUCACUUCUCAUCAGCUGAGACUGAUUCAGUUGGUCAUAAAGAAGCACUUUGGGGAUCUUGCUUAUGUUCGUGUGAGUGGUGAAAAUUCCUGUUUAGAACAUUUAAUUGUGCAUACUGACUCUGAGGAUGACAGAAGGGCAUUAAUGAAAGAUGUGAAGGAUGAGCUUCGGAAAGAAGCAGAGAAAAAAAUCAAGGCUGCAGCUGGGUUUCGACAUGUUAUUGAUCUCCUUUCAUCAGAACAGAAGUUGAUUGUUGGACACAAUUGCUUUCUGGAUAUUGCCCACAUAUACAGCAAAUUCUUAGGUCCUCUUCCUUUGACUGCUGAAGAAUUUGUCUCCUCCGUUCACAAGUACUUUCCAUCCAUCAUUGAUACAAAAAUUCUUUUGAAUGCAAACAGUGUACUACAGCAUCUGAUGAAGAAGAGUGGUACAUCAUUAUCCAAAGCAUUUGCUCUAUUGUGUCCUCAGAUUGCUUCCAGUUCUGAAAGCUCUGGCUUGGCUUUCAAGCCAUGCAUUAAAGUGGAGGUUCAAGUGGAUGACAUGAGGUCAUGCAACUGGAACUCUGGAGCCAAGCAUGAAGCUGGCUAUGAUGCCUUUAUGACAGGUUGUGUAUUUGCUCAGGCAUGCAGUCAUCUAGGAGUUGAUUUUAAAUUACAUUCAGGGCCUCCUGACUUGGCCCAGAAUGAGAAACUCCAGAAGCACAUCAAUCUUCUUUAUCUCAGCUGGAAUAAUGGAGACAUAAUUGAUCUAUGCACUGGUAACCAGUCUGCAGAAUCUCCAGGUUCUUAUAACCCCAAAAGGCGUUACCCAAAGAUAAUGUUUUCAAAUAUCAUUCUGAUAUGGGGAUUCCCAUCCAAAUUCAAGGCAAAGGAGAUUCGAGAAUGCAUCUCUAAGGUUCUUGGCCUUGGCUCUGUUGUUUCCUUAUACCACUUGGAUGAAACUGCUGUAUUUGUUCAGUUCAGCAAUGCAGAACUGGUCUCCCAUUUUUUGAGUUUGAAGGAAACCUUAGAGAGAAAUAAUGACCCGGUAUCUGUUUUGCAUCCCCUCUCUGGAUUAUUGGAAGGUGGAAACACUCGUGCUGCUAGUUAUGAAAUUUAUAGAGAGAUUUGCAGUUCGCCCAUCUCAAAAGUCUUGUUUGCAGAUCAGGCAGAGGCUGUUGGUAUUAAAUGGAAAACCCUACUCGUUGAAUCAUCCAAGAUUGAGACCCAGGAACAAAAUAGCCCUAGCAAAAAUGUUGCAAAUGCCAUUCCAGAUUCUGCUCACAAAAGCAGGACACAGGGGACAGACGAUGUAAUGUACAAUCCAACUUGUGGCCAUGUCUCGGGUGAUAGAAUUAUAGAUUAUCUGUGUGCUGUCAAAACAUGACCUGUUGAACCAUUAGAAACCUGAUUUGUAUUAUUCCAGCCCAACCAAUUUUGGAUUAAGUUGAUGUAUUUUUUUAAACAAGAAAAUUUCCUUGUAGUAUUAUAUUGAAGUUUUGUAAAUGAACUUGGGAAUUGUACCAAUGACAGCAGAUAAAAUUCAAAUUAUGAUAGAUUUCUAGACA